CUUCCUUCCUUCCAGGUAAGAUUGAGGAAGAUGCCAGGUGAUAGAAUCCACCCUUCCUCUGACAGCAUCCAAUCUGGAGCAAAGGCUUCCUUCAACCCUCCCCCAAACCCCCAGUACAAGCCCAAAUUCUGGAACAAAUCCUUUCCAACAACUCCUUCAGAGAUGCUCCCUGGCUCCAGGCAGUGCUUGCUCACCUCACUGCAGCAGGAAGCCCAGCUUGUGAACUGCAUGUGUGCUGCAGGUGGUGGCUGGAUGCAGGGUAUUGACAGAUGGAUCCCAUCGAUACCCCCACUGCAUAACCAUAGUGCAGUGAAUAGAAGACACUUCUCCACACCCGAAAAGCUCCAUGCUGAUUGCGACAAGGAAAUGCUGGAUGGAGGGGUUCCUGGAACUACUGUGAGGGAAAUGGUGAGAACUUUGGAUGUGGAACGUGGAGGAGGAGGAGCACGAAGUGAGGGUCUGCACUUGGGGUGGUCAGCACUGCGGAUGCCCAGCAAAGGCACUGCCUGGUCCACAUCCCGGAGGGGUCUCUGCGCCCCAGUCGGCAUCGCAGCUGAUGGUGAAACUUUUGGUGUGGCAGAAGAGUGUCCCCAAACUUUGGAAGGUAUCUGCUGCAUCCUCCAUAGUCAUGUAUGCCUGCCGAGGGCAAUCUUCUCGGGGAGUAGAAAGUCUCGCUCAUGGACCAGGGCUGAGUCACUUGCGCGGUGUAGCCCUGGCGGGUUCAGGCGGCCCCGGUGUCGCAAGCGGCUGUGA